AUGGGAAAAAAAAAAGAUGGUGGUGGCGGAGGUGCUAAAGGUAAAUCUACCAAAAAAUCCACAAAUGCUACAGAUAGUGAGUCAGGGAAAUCUGAAAAAUUGAAAGCUGCUAAUAGUAUCAAGGAAACACUUCAAAAAUUGACAGUAGAUAACAUCAGAUUUGAUAAGGUUGCAGAAGAGUAUAGCGAAGAUAAAGCAAAACAAGGAGGAUGGAUGAAUCGAGGAUCAAUGGUUGGAGCAUUUCAAGAUGCUGCAUUUGCUUUACAACCAAGUACAUUAGAUUCUCCAAUAUUUACGAAUCCUGAAGGUCGAAAAUAA